AGUGUGCCGUGGUAUGAUUCAGGCCUAAUUAAGUGGUGGCUUGCGUCUGGGGAGAGCCGUAAACCAGUCGCUGCUCCGACUGGUAACGCAGUCAGCCAAGGCUCGCCACUGCCUGCGGUGCACGGAGGGAGGCUGGCCAAUGCCCUGCUGCCUCCACGAUGGCAAAAAUCAUCCUGAGGCACCUCGUAGAGACGCCGGUGCGUUACCAGGAGGAGUUUGAAGCUCGGGGUCUGGAAGACUGCAGGCUGGAUCACGCUUUAUACGCCCUGCCCGGGCCCACCAUCGCCGACCUGGGGAAGGCCAGGGCGCCGCAGCCUCCUGCAGCCGACGCGCCGGCACAGACGCUGCCCGGAGAAGGCAAAUCCCGCUUUCAGAUCCUGCUGGACGUGGUCCAGUUCCUCCCCGAAGACAUCAUCAUUCAGACCUUCGAGGGCUGGCUGCUGAUCAAGGCGCAGCACGGAACCAGAAUGGACGAGCACGGGUUUAUCUCACGAAGCUUCACCCGCCAGUACAAACUGCCGGAGGGCGUGGAGACCAAAGACUUGUCCGCGAUCCUGUGUCACGACGGGAUUCUGGUGGUGGAGCUAAAGGACCCAGCGGGGACUCAGUGACACCUUAUCGGUUCCUGCUCGCAAGACACCGAGAUUAUAGUUCAGUGCAUCGUCACGGGAAUGAUGGUAUGACCCACGUUUGAAAUGAGUCACUGUGAUUUUUAUGAAGAUUAAAAAUAUAUACGCAGUUCCUGGUAUGUGGAGGUUGUCUUUAUUAUUUCUUACUCAGAAAGGAAAAUUGUUGAAUAGGUUUGUGCAGCUCAAACUGACGCUGUUCUUACAGCUGAAACACUGGAAAUUUAGGAGACUGCAGUUUGAUAUUAAAGAGGACCUGGGCUUAUUUCUUCCUUAUUCCACCACCACCAGAGAGCCUGCGUUUGUGAUCGUGGAUGGCAAAAGAGCCAUACUCAUUUAAAUAAUUUUUUAUCUAUUUUAUGAAAAUAUUUUAUUUUGCUAAAAUGAGUUGUGAUUCCCUUCACUUGAUAAGCUUUUCUUUUCAGUGUAUUUUAAUUAAAGCGGUGCUUUGUAAAUAUGGAGCCUGGAAAUUAAAAUAUAGUUCUUGGAAA